GUUGUCAGCUCGCCAAUCGGCUGCGUGUUUGUAGGAACUUGUAGCCAAUCCCAGUGAAGGAGGCGUGAUUUCCUGGAAUACGGGUGGGAACCUGAAGAGACAGUUGUACAGCUGUUCGUUGUAGCUGUUUCAUUAACGCUGUGAACAGAGAGGAAACCCUUGCGGAAUUUUGCCGAAGACUCUUUUUCCUGAGAGCUAUUUGGUGCCAAUAAUUUAUUCACCAUCCAGGGGUCAUGGGCUCCAUGUUCCGCAGUGAGGAGGUCUGCCUGGUGCAGCUCUUCCUGCAAUCCGGUGCAGCCUACAACUGUGUCAGCGAGCUGGGAGAGCUGGGAAUUGUCGAGUUUAGAGAUCUGAAUCCGAAUGUAAACGCAUUUCAGAGGAAGUUUGUCAAUGAGGUGAGAAGAUGCGAGGAGCUCGAGAAGACUUUCGCGUUUCUGGACCAGGAGAUCACACGCUCCCUCUCUCCAUCAUUCCACACACCACUGCAGGACCCCCUGCUCAGCCCCCCGGCCCCGCAGCCUAGAGAACUGCUCACUAUCGAGGAGGAGAGUGAGCGUUUAGCCCAGGAGCUCAGAGAGGUUUCCAGAAACAGAGACAGCAUCCGAGCUCAGCUGAAUCAGCUGUGUCAGUACAGAGGAGUGCUAACUCAGAUGCACUUCCUCACCACCUCUCAGACGGCGCCACCUCCCUCGUUUGAUCCAGUGGGUUUAGCAGAGAACAGGCAGGAUGUGAGGCUCAGCUUUGUGGCUGGCGUCGUGCACCCAUGGAAGGUACCGGCUUUCGAGAGGCUGCUCUGGCGUGCCUGUCGUGGUUACAUCAUCGUGGACUUUCGAGAAAUGGACGAGAAGCUGGAGCAUCCCGAAAGUGGUGAAAUGGUGCAGUGGACUAUCUUCCUCAUCUCCUUUUGGGGGGAUCAGAUUGGACAGAAGGUGAAGAAGAUCUGUGAUUGCUUCCACACACAGACAUUCCCAUAUUCAGAGAGCCAGGCAGAGAGAGAGCAGGUUCUGAGCGGACUCAAGACCAGAAUCGAAGACAUCAAAUCAGUGAUGAAAGAGACAGAACAGUACCUGCAGCAGUUGCUAAUGCGUGCCGUGGCUGUUUUGCCACAGUGGCGUGUGCGGGUGCAGAAGUGCAAAGCCAUUCAGAUGGUGCUGAAUCUCUGCAGCCCCUCAGUCACUGAAAAGUGCCUGAUCGCUGAGGCAUGGUGCCCCGUCAGCCAGCUUCCUGCUCUACAAAGUGCCCUACGUGAGGGAGGGAGGAAGAGUGGUAGCAGCGUUGAUUCAUUCUACAAUCGUUUGCCCCCUAGCACCUCUCCUCCUACCCUCUUCCCCACUAAUGCUUUCACUGCAGGCUUCCAGAAUAUUGUAGAUGCUUACGGAGUAGCCAGCUAUAGAGAGGUCAACCCAGCACUCUAUACCAUCAUUACAUUUCCAUUCCUGUUUGCGGUGAUGUUUGGGGAUGUGGGACACGGCCUUCUCAUGACACUCGCUGCUCUAUGGAUGGUGCUGGAGGAGAAGGACCCCAAACUGAGGAACAGCACAAAUGAGAUCUGGCGUAUGAUGUUUGGAGGACGCUAUCUCAUCCUGUUGAUGGGACUUUUCUCCAUCUACACUGGUGCCAUCUACAACGAGUGCUUCAGCAGAGGCCUUGCUGUCUUCCCCUCAUCCUGGCACAUUCGCCCCCAUGCGAACCACUACAACUGGACUGAUGAGAUUUUCAGGACAAAUCCAUACCUCACGCUGGAUCCAAACGUUACUGGGGUAUUUACUGGACCCUAUCCAUUUGGCAUUGAUCCGAUCUGGGGAAUGUCUAAUAACCACCUGACGUUCCUUAACUCCUAUAAGAUGAAGAUGUCAGUGAUUAUUGGAAUCAUCCACAUGACAUUCGGAGUCUGUCUGUCUUUGUUCAACUAUAUACACUUUGGGGAGAUAAGCAGUGUGUUUCUGGUGCUGUUUCCUGAGUUGUGUUUCAUGCUGUGUUUGUUUGGUUACCUGAUCUUCAUGGUGAUUUUUAAGUGGGCUGCUUAUGGUCCUAUGCACUCAGACAAAGCACCCAGUAUUCUCAUCCACUUCAUAGAUAUGUUCCUGUUUACAGAGAAUAAAGGCAAUCAAGAACUUUACAGUGGCCAGAUGACGGUGCAGAAGGUUCUGGUGAUUGUGGCAGUGUGUUCAGUUCCUGUUCUGCUCCUGGGAAAGCCCAUCCAUGAGUACAUCACCUUCAGGAAAAAGAAACGCCAGGCUGCUUUAAGGGGUGACAGGCGUCCUCUACUAGCAGAAAACGGCUCCAUAAAUGCUCAGCAGGACGAGCUUGAUACAAAAGCAGCAGAAGAAGAAGAGGAGGAGUUUGAUGGAGCCAAUGUUUUCAUGCACCAAGCCAUCCACACCAUAGAGUACUGUCUGGGCUGCAUCUCCAACACUGCCUCUUAUUUGCGUCUGUGGGCCCUCAGUCUGGCUCAUGCCCAGCUGUCAGAAGUGCUUUGGGUGAUGGUGAUGCACAACUCCUUCUCAAAUCAUGACUACGUUGGAAGUGUAAUCAUGGUGUUCGUAUUUGCUUUUUUCGCCAUCCUGACAGUUUCUAUUCUUCUCAUCAUGGAAGGUCUCUCGGCUUUUCUGCAUGCUCUUCGACUUCACUGGGUCGAAUUUCAGAACAAGUUCUACAGUGGUGCAGGCUACAAGCUCAGUCCAUUUGCAUUCGCCUCCUUGAUCAGCUUCUCUUCAACCAAAUGAUGGUUUAUUAUCAAAUACUUUUGUGCCUAGGCAAUGUGUUUUAACCCAAACAUUUCAAAAUGCUAUUGUUUAAUUUAUCCAUGUCAUCUUGGGGUUUAUGGAGAAGAAGUUCCUUUUUCAGAUCAGUCUUCAUGAUGGUGGAAGAUUCCCUUUUUAUGUUUAUCGGAAAUCAGUUUUAGGGUUUCUUAUAACGGUUAAAGGAUUUGGUUUGUGGUAACAGCACCUCAUAGCUUCUCAUAAUAAAUAAAAUCAUAUUGUUAUGGGAUGUGAUGACAUACAUGAUGCAUUCCAGAGUUCAUUCAGAUAGAAUGAGCACCAAAAUGUAACUCAGGAAGAUUUUAUCCAUAUGAAAGACUGUUCUUGUCUGUGUGAAACAGUAAGGUUAAACUUCAGACUUUUUUUUUCUUUUUACUCCAAUAAUGUUAAUCAGUGAAUUAAAAAAAUUCAGAUGAAUCAAAGGGAAUUAUUUGUUCCAGGGUGUUUGCUUCUUGCUAUGUGUUUUUAUAUAAAUUAUCCACUGUCUUGAUGUCCUACAUGUAAAGUAUUUUAAUUACUUGCAUUACCAAUGAGAUAUGAUUUAUAACUGAAAUAUGUAACGCUGCAGUAAAAGUUAAUACAAAGUCAAUAAAACUUGUCUCAUAUUUGUGUGUA